UUUUGUGCUUUAGUGCGCUCUCCUGUAUAUAUCCUUCCCCUAUAUACAUGUGUACAGAGGAGGCUUCCCACAGUUACAGCGUGGUCCUCUGUACCACCCAGUAAAACAUGGAAGCGCGCUAGACUGUAAGAAGGCUGGCUGUUGAUUUGAUUUGGCUCCCUGUAAAAUAUCGCAAACCUAAUACAAUCGCGUGAACUCGGUGAACUUCUCUCGUGCACUGCUGUUAGCGCGCGCGUAUGCUGAGGCAGUAGGAGCGCGUGCCGUCAGUCCCAGGGGACAAUGAAUUUGCGGAGGUAGACUGCGUUUUACUCACUCUCCCUUCAAGUGGGUUUGAGGUUUUCGUACCAUUUUUCAAGUACGAGUGGGAGGUGAUGUUAAACUCCUGGCACGCACACAGAUGUGUUUCUAAAAGCCUACACUGCGGUAGAAUGAGCGACUCAUUUACGACCUUCUACUAUGACGGAAACUUAAAUUCAACUGAAUGACUUUAUGGAUUAGCGCGUGCUGGGGAGGGUUGGCUAUGUAACUAACACGGGGAUUAAUCGAGCUCGUCCAAACCGCAUCCAUCCAUCUGGAAGGAACGUUAGUCUCUGCAGGCUCCGUUCUCCUCCAUUCAUCCGUUACUAUGUAAGACAAUGGUACCAGUUCCUCCGCAAAAACACGCGCGGUUGCUUAGGUUCUGAUGCUUGGCUGCGAAACAAUCAGUCGAUCAGCACCAAAACCCGGUUUUCUCCAUUUCAUAUGGGCGAAGACGAGGAGUGCUCCAGCGCCCCUUCACGCCGCGGAGGAAAUGCAGAGAACGGAAAGAACGGAGCCGCUCUGGACCCAGAAAGAGAAAAGAGGUAUGCGGAGCUGUUCGAGCAACUGGACUUGAAUAAAGAUGGCAGGCUUGACAUCAAUGAACUGAGGACCGGACUGGCAACUCGUGGUUUACAACUCCGAGAGGCUGAGAAGAUAGUCCUUGAGAGCGACACCAACCAUGAUGGUCUGCUGGAUUUCCAGGAGUUCUCUCAGUACCUCCAGACUCACGAGAAAAGACUCUGGCUCAUGUUCCACAGACUGGACCACAACAAUGACGGGCAAAUUGAUGUGGGGGAGAUCCAGCACUCACUACAAAAGCUUGGAGUGGAGGUUACCAUGGAACAGGCCUCCAAAAUACUGCAGAGUAUGGACAGAGAUGGGACUAUGACUAUUGACUGGAAUGAAUGGCGCGAUCACUUCCUGUUCAACCCUUUGCACAACAUGGAGGAAAUUGUCCACCACUGGAAGCACUCCCAUAUGUUUGACAUUGGGGAACACCUGACAGUGCCUGAUGAGUUUUCAGAGCGGGAGCGGCAAUCAGGUUUGGUUUGGAGGCAGCUAGUUGCUGGAGCCAUGGCAGGGGCAGUGUCUCGGACAGGAACUGCACCACUGGACCGUCUCAAGGUCUUCCUGCAAGUGGGUAUUCACACUGUCCUGCCACUGAUACACACAUUUAGUUUACUAUAUACUGACCUGAAAAGAGCCAGAGACAUUAGUCGACUUCAUGCUCUGUGUAAUUUCCAGUGAUUGUUGUUAUUGCUACACCCAGUCCUUAACUGAC